GUUCGAAGCAGGAAUAUCGUUCUCGUUAAUUGUUCCGAAUCACUGAAAGAUAUUUCUUAAAAUUUUUCAGUCUAUAUAUAUAUAUCUAUCUAUAUAUCUAUAUAUCUAUUUAUAUAUAUAUACAUAUAUAUAUAUAUAUAUAUAUAUAUAUAUAUAUAUAUAUAUAUAUUAAUAAAUUGUGUAAUUGGUAUCAUAGAAACGAAUCGAUCUCAAAUUAAUAAGGUGAAACAAUUUCAACGACGAAUCGUUCAUCUUACAAAAGUAUCCUUAUUUUUUCGCGCCUAAUCAAAAAAAAGGAGUGAGAAAAGUGAGGCGGAAAAAUGGUGUCCGGCACUAUGGCUUGCGUGAAAUACCUGCUAUUCCUUUUCAACUUGAUAUUCGCGAUUACCGGUAUCGUCUUUAUAUCAGUGGGCGCAGUAAUACUGGUCGUUUACAGUGGUUACAAAAACUUUGUCGAUAGUUGGUUCUUCGCUGCACCUGUUUUAAUGAUAAUCGUUGGCAUUGUAGUCUUCCUGGUGUCGUUCUUUGGUUGUUGCGGAGCAAUAAAGGAAAAUCAUUGCAUGUUGAUAACAUACUCGGUCUUCUUGAUGAUUAUUUUUGCACUGGAAUUGGGUGCAGGCAUUUCAGGCUACGUAAUGCGUAAUGAGGUAGAUUCGAUGUUACUUAAUCGUAUGAAUACAACCUUUUAUCAAUACAAAAGCGAUGAAAACAUUCGUAAAUCCUGGGACAUCAUGCAAUACGACUUACGAUGCUGUGGUAUAGAAAAUCCAGGAGAUUGGGCCAAACUUAAUUACACGGAUAAUAUAAUACCGGAUUCUUGUUGUACGGAAAUUUCUGCAGGUGAUAAAUGUGAUUCGAAUUCGGUUCAUUCCAAUGGUGAUGGCUGUAUGUCCAAGUUACAACAGACCAUUAAGUACAAUUCUUUGGCUUUAGCAUCCGUUGGUAUAGGAAUUGCUCUUACUCAGUUGAUUGGAGUAACCUUUGCGUGCUGUUUGGCUCGCUCAAUUCGUCGCGAGUACGAGACUGUCGAAACCACAGCACACUGAUCUGCCAUCAGUUAAGGGGCAUUUUUCAUAAUAUUGUUCAUCAUACAUUGGCAGAAAGAUAUUUAUAGUUCCAUUGCGAAUAUGACCAUUUUUAUUAAUUAUUAAAAUGCUUAAAAAUGUAUAGCAAAGAGGAAUGAUGUUAAAAUUAUGUUAAAAUAACUUUUCUAUACACGUAAUGUAAAAGAGAAAAUAUAUCUUGGAAAGGUUUAUUAUUGAAGAACUAUUUUCUGAUUUCUCUUUAUGAAGAAUUCUCUAACAAAAAUGAAAUGAUUUACUGCCAUUACAUGCCAAAAAUACCAAAGAGAGCGCAGCGACUAUAAAAAUAUAUAUACAAUUUCUCUCUUAUUUUUUUUCUUUUUUUUUGUAUAAUACAAGAAGACCAUCGUAAUGGAACAAAAAAAAAAAGAAAAAAAAAGAAAAAGGAAAUAAAUAAGAAUAAAAAAAUUAUAAAAAAAAGUGUUAAAAAAAAUGAGCGAUAAUGACAAUUAAUAUAAUCGAUGUGCCAUGUGUUGCAGCCAUGAUAUAAAAAUAAUUAUUACAAAAGAGAUGUCUCAUCUAUGUACAAUAUGUCUUCGCUCCUUGUAAAAGCAUAGAUAUUAACAUCAUAAAUGUGAGCUGCUUAAUUUUAGUGCUCGCAAUAGCUCUACAACCAUCAUUCCUCUUUAAUUUAUUAUCAUAUAUAAAAAGAAACAAUAAGCUAUUUUUGCCUAAUCUUCCCUCUAACAGUACAAUGUGGAUUGGUUAUCAAAGAUUUACUCGCAGAGAAAAGCCUGUGUUCUAAUACUCAUUAUUAUGCAAAAUGGCUUAUUGCUUCUACUAUAUUUAAAUAUGAAUGAUAUAAAACAUGGCAUACUUUCUUUGUAUGCCUUCUCGAUAAAAAAGGAUACCUUUUUUUAAACAACUCUUUAUUUAAAUAGAAUUAUCAAAUGUUGCAGCAGUCUUACAUGUACCAAAUUCGUAAUGAUAUCAUAUUUAUUCUAGAAAUGUGCGUACUUUUAUUCGUAAUCGACAAAAUAUUCCAAGAUAUAUAUACAUAUAUAUAUAUAUAUAUAUAUAUAUAUAUAUAUAUAUAUAUAUAAAUAAAUAAUGUGUACACAAUAUCUCUCCCCCAUAUCGAUUCUUAAUGCGCAAAUUAACGGAUAUAAAUAAUUGAUGUACCUUGAUAUUUAGUUUCAAUGAUAUAUAUAUUGUCAAUUUGUCAAUAAUGAAAUCCUUUGUGUUAUUAAAUAUAUUAAAAUAUUCUAUUCUACGUGUUCUAUACCACUAUGGUUGUAUUAUUAAAAAAAAAAAAAAAAGAAAAAAAAAGAAUGAAAAAAAAGAGAAAAGAAAAAGAAAAAAGAAAAAAAAACAGAAAUAAAAAAAUUCAAAAAGAAGUGCUAUAAAAGAAACCUUUACAUCGUCUCGAUUUUGCGAAUCAAAGUACUUGCAACCAAUAUCAUAAUAUUAUCUAUUAUUUCUUGAAAUUUUGUAUUAUUGACAAGAAUAAGCUGAAACUAGGACAGUUAUUGUUAACGACAAGUUAUGUUAAUGAUGAUGAUGAUUAUGAUGAUGAUGAUAUAUACAUAUGGUACUUGAAAAUUUGCUACAAUAUUCCUUCACAAUUUGAAAAAUUACAAUGACAUAAUUAUUUAAUGUAAUUGUACAACAACGAGAAAGUUGUAAAAAGAUUCAAAGUGAUAUUUGUAUCAUGUAUGUACGUACGUUUUAAAAUGCACUCUGGUAGUAUUAAAUAUGCUCAGAAUGGAUAUAAAUGAAACAUUCUUAGAUAAUUGUAUUCACAGUAUAUUAUAAACUAACUAGCUAAGAGAUAUAUAUGAUUAAAGUGUGCCUAACUUAUAGAAAGAGAGAAGACAUAUGUUAUAAAUGAUUAAUAUAGUAAAAAGAAAAAAAGGUUUUAAUGUCACUUAACUGUCUUGCGCAACAUAGCUUGUCCAAAACUGGCACUUGUCCAAAGUUCGCUCCUUUUAAUUACAAUAAUCGUCAUUUUUUUUUUAUAAAUCUCAAUUAGAUUCUUGAUAUACAUUGAUUAUUGGGCAAGAGAUAAGACUGAUAAAGAUUAUUGUAAUCAGUAUUAAUGAGAGCAUUGGUAUUUUACAUAUAUAUACCGUAUUCUUACAAGAGAGUAAAUUUAUACUAAAUUAUAUAUUUUAUCUGCUUGUAUUUUUUUUUCUUCUCUAUAAAAGUGUAAAUUAUAAAUUAGUCAAUAUUGAUAAAUUUGUAUUAAGAUAAUUCCAUUAUUUUAAUAUAACUUAUUAUUUUUUGGCAAUUUAGGAGCCAACGACAUAUCCUUAGCACAUAUUUGUCUAGCCUUUAUGUAUAUUAAUAAAUUAAUUACACUAA